AUGAAUAACGACUCACCGUACCGCCAAGCGGCAGCCAAACUACCCGUUUAUUUUGCCAGUGUUCUACGAAAAAGAAGAGCUCUUCUCUUCGCCGUCUUAUUCGCCAUCACCAUCUUCUUCCUCUUCUCUCCUUUCUCACCCGACAUCGCCGGUUCCUAUGGCAAACACUCCAGCUCAAGCCCAUCCUUCGGGGCGGUCAAAAACCACGAUGUCAACGACAUUCUGCGAUUCAUUGACCCCCUCAUCGGCACUACCAACGGCGGCCACGUCUUCCCCGGUGCCACGCUGCCCUACGGCAUGGCCAAAGCCGUGGCUGACACCGCCUCGCCCGCCGAGAACGCCGCCGGCUUUGUGUCCGACGACAACCCCAUCACCGGCUUCUCGCACAUGCACGACUCCGGCACGGGCGGCCAGCCCUCUCUGGGAAACUUCCCGCUCUUUGUGCAUCCGGGCUGUGUAGACGACGACUACACCAAAUGCGACUUCUCCCUUUCUGAUCGACCACUCAACCGCGUCCCUGAUUCUGUCUAUGCUUCACCAGGGUACUUCACCGUGAACAUCACCAACGGCGUCAAGGCCGAGAUGACCACUACCCACCACUCCGUUCUCUACCGCUUUUCCUUCCCCGGCACAGAGGCGGUGCGCUUCGCCAAAGGCGUGGCGCCUUAUAGUCCACUUAUCUUGGUAGACCUGGUCGACCUCAUGAACAGUCGCUCCAGGGGUAACAUCAAAGUUGACCCCGAAACAGGCCGGAUCGUGGGUGACGGGCGGUACGGCCCUUCUUUUGGAUCAGGGCAUUACCACGCUUAUUUUUGCGCAGACUUCAAGGGUGCCAAGAUUAGGAAGACGGGGACGUUUGAGUCGAAUAAAGCUACGGACGAGAAACAGCUUCUUGAAGGCGUCGGAUGGGGGUCGGCGGGUGCUUGGAUCCAGUUUGAGAAGCCUGACGAAGAGAUGAAGGACUCGAUUCUGGCGAGGGUGGGUGUGUCGUUUAUGUCCGUGGAUAAGGCGUGUGAGAAUGCGGAGAGGGAGAUGGAGGAUUGGGACUUUGAGAGGGUUGAAAGGGAUGCAAGAGAGGCAAUUAUACGGGGGAAAACCCGUUGUGGAAUUCGAGCGAGCCGUACUUUGACUCGUAAGUCUGGCAACCAGGAAAGGGGAAACAGAAAGAUGCUAACGUCGAGUAGGUUCUACUGCAUCUGGGAUUCAUUCAGAGCUCAACACCCCCUUCUGACAGUCAUCGACCCAAAGGCACAAACCGAGAUGAUCAGGGCCCUGAUCGACAUCUACAGACACGAAGGCAAACUGCCUGACUGUCGCAUGUCCUUUUGCAAAGGCUACACCCAAGGCGGUUCUAACGCGGACGUAGUCAUCGCCGACGCCUUCGUCAAGGGUCUCACAGCCGACAUCGACUGGAAGACAGCCUACGAAGCCGUCCUCUCCGACGCCGAAAUCGAGCCCCGAAACUGGGGUCUCUCCGGCCGCGGCAACCUUGUCUCCUGGCACGAUCGCGGCUACAUCCCCCAGAACGACGUGGACACGAACGGCACCGGCCCAGCCUCGCGUUCCAUCUCCCGCGGCGUCGAGUACGCCUACAACGACUUUUGCAUCUCCCUCCUAUCCCAGGACUCCUCCUCCUCCUCCUCCUCCUCCUACCGCCCCAACAUCUCAACCCCCUGGACCUCCCUCACCGCCGACAUCACCAAAUACCACCACCGCGGCGCCAACUGGCGUAACUACUGGAACCCUUCCGCAAAGGACCUCUUCCGCGACGACCGCACCACCAGUAGCUACAUCAUCCAAUCGCCCUUUGUCGGCUUCCUCCAACCACGCACACUUGCAGGCACCUUCCGCUACCACCCCACCCGCACCUGCAGUCCCAUCCAAAACCAGCACUCCUGCUACUACGACACGGCGCUAGACGUCUACGAAGGGUCACCGUGGCUCUACUCCUUUUUCGCGCCGCAGUCCAUGUCCACGCUGAUCCAACUCAUGGGCGGGUCCGAUACGUUCGUCAAGCGAUUAGAAUACUACCAUGAAAGCGGGAUCGCCUACAUGGGCAACGAACAAUCGUUCCUGACCGUCUUCCAGUUCCAUUACGCCGGUCGUCCAGGCCUGAGUUCCAAGUGGCUGAGGAAUUACAUCCCCACAAUGUUCAACGCCAGCGUCAACGGCAUCCCGGGAAACGACGAUUGUGCCAUGGGGGCGUUCACCACGUGGGGGAUGGGACUGGGUGUUUUCCCCGUUGCGGGGCAGGACGCGUACUUGAUUGUCCCGCCGUUUUUCAGGGAGGUAAAGGUGAGGGCUGGGAUGGACCUCAAAUCAUCCUCUCCUUCUCGUGACUACCACUCGGAGAAAAAGGAAGCAAAAUGGGCGGUGAUCAGAACCGUCAAUUUCGAUGCUGAAAUGCAAGGCAGGAACGGUGGGAAACCGGUUUAUAUCCAGUCUGCCAAGUUGAAUGGGAAGAAAUACACCAAGAAUUGGAUUACGCAUGAGUUCUUUGAACAGGGCGGGUUGUUGGAGUUGGUGGUUGGACCGGAAGAAAGUAUAGGUAAGGAUGGGUGGGGAACAAACCGAGAGGAUUUGCCGCCUAGUUAUUAUGAGGAUGAGAAAUUCUGGGAGGAGUGGGAGAGGAUGGAUAGGGAGAGGACGGAGCGGUGGAAGGAGGAGGAGAAGGCGAAGGAAGAGGGGAAUGAGGUUGAUGAUGGGUAUUAAGAAGUACUCUUUUCUUGAGGUGGGGGCAUAUAGAUCCUGAUGAAAUUUUAGCUGGGUAGUAGGUUACGAGCUGAACUCAUCCAUGUUGCCUC